UUAACAAUGUUAGCUACCUUCCUCAAUACUAAGACUAUCGAUAUCGAAAGAGGAAGUUUAAACCCUUUUAAGUUUUCGAAAAAAUCCGAAAAAAAUGUUUUGCGAGGUUAUAACAAACAUUUUCACCUAACAUGGCUUCGUACAGCAGGAUAGGUCAGGGUCCUACAUCCAUCCCUGUACGUGCUGGUGCCAUAAAAGAACGUUUGCUUGUAGCUGCCAUUGACUUCGGAACAACAUACUCAGGGUAUGCUUUCCAAAUGCGAAUCCACUUUGAGUCUGAUCCAUUGCAGAAGAUAAUAGCAAAUAAUUGGUCAUCAUCCUCGGCUCAGAUCUCUCACAAAACACCCUCUUGUAUACUGUUCGAUAAAGAGCAACAGUUUCAUUCAUUCGGUCAUGAUGCCGAACAGAAGUACAAUGAAUUGGCUGCCGACGGGGAGCACUGGAACUGGUACUUUUUCAAGCGUUUCAAGAUGCUUCUGUAUAAGGAUGAGGCAUUGACACGGGAGACAAUUCUCCAAGAUGACAAAGGUUUGGACAUGCCUGCAAUGACUGUGUUCACAGCAUGUAUAAAGUACCUGAAAGACCACAUGAUAAAGGCUUGUGAAGCUGCUAAAACAGGUGUACAACCCGAAGAAAUCCACUGGGUAAUCACUGUACCAGCAAUUUGGACCGACUCUGCCAAACAGUUCAUGAGAGAGGCCGCAAUAAAUGCAGAGAUUCACACGGACAAGAUUUCUCUUAGUCUCGAACCUGAGGCAGCCAGUCUGUUUUGCAGAUAUCUCCCUGUUGAAAGAGUUGCCGGCGUGAACCAAACUGAAAUCAGAAGCUUCAGCAUCGGAGACAAAUACAUGAUACUAGAUUGUGGAGGCGGAACUGUUGACAUGACUGUACACGAAAUACAGGAAGACAGCACACUGAGAGAACUGGCUAAAGCAAAUGGUGGCGAAUUUGGUGGUAUCCUGGUGGAUGAGAAGUUCAUUGAAUUGCUUAACGACGUAUUUGGUCCCGACGUGAUGGAAGUUAUUCAACAACGCUUUAGGGAUGACUAUCUAGACAUGAUGCAAAACUUUGAAAUAAAGAAAAGAAGAGUUGCUCAAGACUUAAAAGGAGUUGAGACAUUCCAAAUACCAGUUUCAAUUACUGAUACGUACAAAGAGCUUAACAACAUAGCUAUUGAAAACAGUACAAGUAUUCCAGACCGACUGAAAGACAAAAUUACGUUCAAUAACAAUAAGAUGCGGGUGAAUGCUGAGGUUGUCAAGGACCUUUUCACUGAUGUUUGCAACCAGAUAUCUGGUAUUGCGAAGGAGUUUUACCAGUCAGUCAGUAGUCACAGGAUUGAAAAAAUCCUAAUGGUUGGUGGAUUCAGUGAAUCCCCGAUGCUUCAAGAAAAGGUCCGAGAAACGUUUCCAAGAGUACGUGUGAUAAUUCCCGAGGAAGCAGGGCUUGCGGUUUUGAAAGGAGCUGUCCUUUUCGGACAUAAUCCAAAGAUGAUCACAGCUCGUGUAUGUAAAUAUUCAUACGGUAUACGUGCAUUCAAGCAUUUUGAACCAGGUAUUGAUCCACUCGAAAAGCGAGUCGUCCAAGGGGACAUAGUUCUAUGUAAGGACUAUUUCAGUAAGCAUGCAACGGUCGGACAGGAGUACAAGACCGAAGAAAAGGUAUACACCCAAGAGUACGUUCCGUCUGACGCCAGUGGAUCUAGAAUGGAGGUAUGGGUAUACACGUCGCCCAGGAGGCACCCUUUGUAUGUGGAUGAAGAGGGAAGUAGAAAAAUAGGAGAAAUCAGUAUACCUCUUCACGACGCAACUGGCAAAGAUAAUCCUGUAGUUGUUCAGUUUGAAUUUGGCAACACUGAAUUAAAGGUCAAGGUCAAAGAAACAAAAACGGGACAAGAGAAAGAAGCGGAUUUUGAUCUGCUAAGGAUAUAAUGAUAGAAAUGAAAAAACAGGUUGUGCUUAAAGAACGUAAUUAAGUUAGUUCUGCACGUUCCGGACACUUUUGCUACCUGAAAUUGUAGCCUGAUUUUGGCAAACUAAAAGGUUGUAUGGAGAACUUGAUUUAUUACUGACUAAUUAGAUUAAUUUGGAUCUCACGAAAGUUUUCAUAAUGUGCGUCUGUUUCGAUAUCAUUUUCGCGAAUAUAACUUCUGCUACAAAGCAGAUUGUCAUGAAAUUUUUCAUAGUUGCAGACAUGUUGUCUAUUUCAUGGUCAAAUAUUUCUGUGUGCUUAUCGUUUAAGCAAUUGUCCAUGAUUUUAGAGAUCCACAUAUUUUAAGCAGAUAUGACAGAUUAUACGAAAUUAUUUCACGUGUAAACAUUUCAUUAUCGUUUUAUACCUUUAAAAAGAAAGUAGUGUUGCCGUUUUUAUAAAUGUACACAAGGGUUGACAUUUAUAUGUAGGAUGAUUUACCUUUCCAUGCGCUGGUGGUCCAGGCUUUAUUUUAUGUUAUAUCUUCCGAUGUUUGAAAUGUGCGAAACUAUCUUUUAUAAAUAUCUAUAUAUUUCUUCUUAAGAAUGGUAUUUGUUGUCGUUCAUCAUUAUAAAAUAGUACUUUUUAUUAAAACUUCUAGUUUCCAGAUUGUAUGGUGUUUUUAUGCAGUGUGUCGAUUCAUUUUUUUCUGGCUUUAUUCUCAUUAUUCUAUCAAACCGAUCUAUUUAAUUAAGACCUAUAGAACGUAGUUAAUGAUUUAAACAACAUGCAGCUCAUGCAGAACAGUUUACUAGUCUAUUAAAUUUUAACAACAUCGAUUUUUUCUUUGUUGUUGGAUUUAACGUCACACCGACACAUGAUAGGUCAUAUAGCGACUUUCCAGCUUUAAUGGUGGAGGAAGACCCCAGGUGCCCCUCCGUGCAUUAUUUCUUCACGAGCGGACACCUGGGUAGAACCACCGACCUUCCGUAAGCCAGCUGGAUGGCCUCCUCACAUGAAGAAUUCAACGCCUCGAGUGAGGCUCGAGCCCACAUCGAUGAGGGGCAAGUGAUUUGAAGUCAGAGACCUUAACCACACGGCCACGGAGGCCCCUAACAACAUCGAUGCUGCCAUAUUUGUAUUUCAGGAGAAAUCUAUUCUUUUUACAGGAAUAGCACCCCUUACCUGCGAGUAGUCUUGAAACUGACGUUUGUUAUGCGUUAGAGUAUUUCUGUCAAAGCCUAAAUCUGCAAUUGUAAAUACUGAUUUAGUACUAGCUUGCUUGGCGCUCAGCAUUAAAAAGGAAACUAGAUUUUUUUCUCUCAUAAUCUCGUGGCGAUGGAUCCCAUCAGGAAAGGAGUGUCGAGAGUGAUUAAUAUAAGUUGUAGAACUUGCCUUACAACCGAGCUAAAAUAACUAUAAUGAAUAAAAACUAAAUACUAAUUGAUGUUGUAGUAUUUUUGCAUAAUUAUAGAUGUUUAAGUUUUGACAAAAAUGUAUAUUCUGUAUUAUGUAAUCGUCAGUGUGCAAAUUUAUUCAUUGGGAACGUACUGAUCGUCAAGGUGUAUAUAGCUCAAGAAUUUGGCAACAUUAGCUAUUGAUCAUAUUAACCAUAAUAAAUUAAUCCAUAAUCAAUAAUUGACCAUAUUAUAUCAAAUGUGAUCACUCAAAGCACUGAUAUAGAUGCACAAAGUCUAGUACUAUAUUUGGGUUUAGAUAGUACACACAUGAACUGAUACUAAAUAAUUGUUUCACAGUAUCAGCAACUUCUGAAUGACAAUUAGUUAUGAAUGUAGCUCCACUGACACAAUCAAUUUGUAUACUGAGUAAAGUUAAAUGCAUUUGAUGAGGAUUGGUUACAUUCGAAGUAAAUAUCUCAAGACAAAAUCUUGAAGAAUAUCAAGGUGAUUCGCAUAUCAACGAUCUGUGAUGGUAUGAUGUCUUAUGCCUCGUCUGAAGAUAAAGUGAAUUAAAUGUAUAUAUGCUUUAGGUAGCUUUAUAUUGUUGAAACUUCAUUAUUUCUGUUCAGACUGUAUGUUAUUGGUAAAUGUGACAUUAUUUUUAAUUGGAACGGUGCUGUUUUAUUGAUAAAGGUUAUGCUUGUAUAAAUGUGUACUGCCACUAAAACUUGAAAUGUUUUUACAAUUUACUGUUAGGCAUGACAUUUAAUUAUGAAUGUAGCUCUACAUACAUAAAUGAUUUAUGUAUUUAGUAAAGUUAUAUACAAGUCAUGAGGAUUUCUGUACGUUUGAAGCAGUUUUUUAAAGUGAUAAAUUGGCAUAUUAGGAUAUCUUAAAAUGAAAACAACUAUUCUUAGAUAAAAGAAAAUAGAUAAAAGAAUGUCUUAGAGUCUAAAAAAAGACAAACUCACUUGACAAAAAAAUAUUUAUCUAGUGUGACAUUCAAAAUGGAUAUUAUUCAUCUCAAUAACAGUAACUCCAAAAUUUCAUGAAAUGUAAAAUGUAAAUUUUUGAAGGGUAUAAGAUAUAUUUACAUAAGGAAUUAUUCGUGCAUGAUAAAACGUGUAUCUGUCGAAACUGAUUCUCAAACGUAAAGAAAACUAUGUGACUUAGGAACAUGAUAGCGUUCAAAAGUUUCUCUGCGAAAUGUAUAUAAUUGUCUUAAGUUCUGAUUGAUAUUUACAUAGAGGUUAUGUUGAUCGCUGCAAAUAAGGUGUAUGUUAAAGGAUAUAACUGUUUCACAAUUCGGUAAAUGAGUUAGAAAUGAUUUUUAUGAGUCAAACUUUGUCACUCUUUGUGUUCUUCAUCAUGGAAGAUUGAUAUGACAUGAUUUUUUUUAAAUAAGAUUUUUAUUAAGAACUUGUAACAUUAGAAGUCAAUCCAAAUUGUGGCAAGCUCUUGAAAUAUAAGUGAUUAUGUACAAAAUAACUGAUAUGCGUAUACACAUGCAGUCAUUUGACCACUUUUCCAUAAUAAUAUUAUAUGUGUACCUUAUAAAACAGUUCAGAUGGUGGUUUUUAUUUCAGUUGUGAUGGAAUUGUCUUUUAUUAUUUCAGUAGUUUCUAGCUUUUUCUAUAGCCUGUUAUGCAUAAGUUCUUAAAGGGAAGGUUGUAUAAAAAUAUCUAGAUAUGAAGCACUAGGAUACAUGUAUGUGAUAAUAUUUAAGUGUUUUAGUUUAUUCAUUUAUAUCUACAUUUUGGUUAUUAUUCUGUUGUAAAAUUCCCAAAAUAAAAAAAUUCGAAAGACAAUGACAUUCUUCGAUGUCAUUUUAGAUAACUUACUAUAGUAAGAAUACUAAUGAAUAAAAGAUAAACGAUCA